GAGUUUGUGUAUAUAAGCGAAGGGGGAUGCUUUAGUUUUUGUACACCUCCAUAGAAAAUAAACAAUUGGCAUUUGCAUAAACACUUUCAAAAACAAGUAAUCAAAAGUAUUUUAGAAGCUUCAUCAUGGCGACGUCAGGUACAUACGUGACAGAAGUUCCUCUGAAAGGGUCAGCGAAGAACCACUACAAGAGGUGGAAGAGCGAAAACCAACUCUUCCCUGACGCCAUUGGCCAUCAUAUCCAAGGUGUCACCGUUCACGAGGGCGACUGGGACUCCCACGGGGCCAUCAAGUCCUGGAACUACACAUGCGAUGGGAAGCAAGAGGUGUUCAAGGAGAAGAGGGAGUUAGACGACCAGAAGAUGGCGGUGACGUUUAGAGGGCUGGAUGGUCAUGUGAUGGAGCAGCUUAAGGUGUAUGACGUCAUCUUCCAAUUCGUCCCUAAGUCUCAGGAAGGUUGCGUCUGCAAAGUCACUAUGUUUUGGGAGAAGCGCUACGAAGACUCUCCAGAGCCCAUCAAGUACAUGAAGUUCGUCACGAGCUUGGCUGCUGACAUGGAUGACCACAUUCUCAAGAACCAGAGCAAGGCUUAAUCAUCAUAGUGACCAUACUUAUGAAGAUAAAAAUAAAUAAAGAAACAUCCUAAUAUAUAUGUGUGUGUGUCGUUUGUGUUUGUCUUGUACAUGAUGAAACCGCCUCCUUGUCUUGUGUACAUUUUAUGCUGAUAAUAAUGGCGGUACGUCUUGUAAACUUAUGCAUGUAUCAUCUCUGUCUUUGAUGAUUUGAUGUUGUUAUGGUGUAGUAUUGGUGUUCGUAAUAUAUAAAGAGCACAAUAUUAGGAUGUA